AUGAGGAAGAAAGGAUGUUCAGUUCUACCAGGCGUACCAGGCCCAGCAGGUAGAGAUGGGUUACCGGGACGAGAUGGAGCACCAGGACGAGAUGGACUACCCGGACGAGAUGGCGCACCCGGACCCAAGGGGGAAGAAUGUCCGUUCACCAAGGCUGCCCCAAACACAUUCCUCCGUGUAUCUUACAUGGGAAACAUUCGCAUCGCCGGUUGCAAACACUGUUGCAUGAGAUGGUUUUUCACCUUCAACGACAUUGAAUGUAAGGCUCCCGCUGCCAUUGAUGCCGUUGUCUACCAGAACAUCGACCUGAACAUCCAUCGCUCAGCCAACAUAGAAGGCUACUGUACAGGAAUGGGCAAAGGCCUGGUUCGUGUUGGCUUGCACGUCGGUCAGUGCCAUGGCUUUGGCAUUUUCAACGCCUACACUGGCUGGAAUUCAGUCAGCAAGAUCAUUGUUGAGGAGAUCGAGCCCCCAGUUGCUUAA